AUAUAAGCUUAAAACUUCCUUUUCUUUAGGUUGAAAUGUGUGAUCCAUCAGAAGUUUAUCGUCCAGAGGAUAAGUUUGAUGAAUAUAAUAAUGCUAAACUGAAAAAUUCAAGAACAAACAAAAACGAAGAGGAUUUCAGAAGUUAUGAUGACAACCUUCAAACGCAAAUGGUAGUUCAGACGUACACUCUCAUGCACACAUAUCAGACCAUGGAGUUCGCGCGUUCCAAGAUUCAGCAAUAUGAAAAGCUUGACAAAACUACCAUGAGUAUAAUGGAUGCUGUUUUCAUGCUAAAUGCACUUGUUGACGAAAGCGAUCCUGACACAGACCUUCCUAACUCCUUACAUGCAUUUCAAACUGCUGAGAGAAUUCGCAAAGACCAUCCAGRCAAGGAUUGGUUUCAUUUUGUUGGACUUGUCCAUGAUCUUGGUAAAGUCCUGGCUUUAUGGGAUGAGCCACAGUGGAGUGUUGURGGRGAUACUUUUCCUCUAGGAUGUGCAUUUUCCAGGAAGAUUGUGUUUCCAGAUACAUUUGUGAACAACCCUGACUAUACCAAUUCUGAUUACAGUUCCAAAUAUGGUGUAUAUAGUCCUGACUGUGGCCUUGACAAAGUUACAAUGUCAUGGGGCCAUGAUGAAUACAUGUAUCGCGUGCUCAAAGGAAAUAACUGUACUAUUCCAGAAGAGGGUAUGUACAUGAUCCGAUUCCACUCGUUCUACCCCUGGCAUUCAGGUGGAGACUACAACUACCUUUGUAAUGACAAAGACAGAGAGAUGUUGCCAUGGGUGAUUGAGUUUAAUAAAUAYGAUUUGUACUCCAAAUCAGAUGCUAUUCCUGAUGUGGAUAGCCUGCGGCCUUACUACCAAAGCUUGAUUGACAAGUAUUGUCCAGGACAACUAAAAUGGUAACCAAUAGUAGAAGAUCAAGAACUAGUCAUUCAUGACUCUAAUAAUAUUAAUAAUCAUUAGUGUUUAUUACUUUGCUAUCACUGUACUAAAAUAUCAUAGUUCCCUAGUCAGAAUCUUCCCUUAUAGGUUUCUCAACUUAUGGUCGGGUUGUGCCUAGCUCAAUUCAUGAUAAACUCGUCAAACAACACAACUYUCUUUACCAUUUGAAGACUCCUAUUCAUUACAAGAAAAGUAAUGUUAAAAUACAAUCGGCUAGCUUAAUAAUAAUAUAGAAAAAGAAACUUACAGUAGGUCCACCUUGGGAAAUUUAUACAAGUAAAACAUUGAGUAAAUCAUAUUUUUUAAUAAUGUACUAAUUAAUGUAAAACAUUUGGUAAAUAAUUUAGAUGACAACAAAAAGGUAUGUAUUAUAACUAAAUAUAGUGUUUUCAAUGGCAGUCAUUUUGAUAUUACUUGUAGUUGAGAAUGUUUUCAUUUCACAAUUUUUUGCUCUUAUAAAUUGUAAUAUUUUCACAAUUGGAAAGAAACAUACUGCAUGCAGUAAAAAAUGUAAACAUAUAUGCCCUUUAUAGUACAGUAUAUGCCCUUUAUAGUACAGUGUUUCAUAUUGUAGAGCAAUAUGGGAAUUCUAUUAAAAAUAACAUUUUAUACAAUAUAAUUAUUAGAGAACCCUUAGCAGAAUGAUAAUGAUAAUCAUCAUCAUCGCUAUCAUAUAUAUAUAUAAUUAUAUCAAAUAAUAAACUAAGCUAAUUAUUUCAACAAUGUAAAGCUACAGUAUGAAGGUUUUGUAAGAAUUUGUAUAAGUUUACAAACUAUUGCUUUUAUACAGUUUGCACUCUAAACAUAAGAAUAUACAGAUUAGUGCAAUGAUUUUCAAAAACCUGUGAAACAGUCAACUGUAGUCUAAAGUCUACAGUACCCUGAAAGUAGAAUGCCAUUUCACCUCCUCCAUAAAUAGUGAAAGAAGGAACACUAAAAGAUCAUUCUGCUUGCAGCGUACGUUUUAAUAGUCAAAAUCAUAAUAAUUUGUGAUGACAAAUUAAAUGACAAAGAAAAACGUUUAAAAUGAAGAGUAACAAAGUGUAGUGUAUUACUGUAUAAUAUAUUUUUCACAAGUUUAUGAAAACCCCYCUUUAUCUUAUAUGUUUAUAUAAUACUAAAUGUCUUUCAUUUCACCCAAUUAAUUUAUGACAUGAAUAGUUGUAGUAAUAAAAGUAUUGAUUGGAAGAAACUAGGAAUUCUAAAGCAAUUUAAGUGAUUACAUGUAAGUUUAAGCACUCUUACUUGUAUUGUAUAUAUUAUUUCAAACUUUUUUUGUGAUAAAAAAAAAAAAUAAAAAAGCCUGAAAAUG